AGGAUUGUCAGCCUGUGCAUCUGGAUCCUGGUCACCAUCAUAGUCCUCCCUUUCAUCAUCUUUGCCAAUGUCUACACCGAUGAUCUGGAGAUCAAGAGCUGUGGUCUCAAUUUCCCCAAGCCUGAGAGGUUUUGGUUCAAAGCCAGCAGAAUCUACACCCUCAUCCUUGGCUUUGCCAUUCCAGUAUCCACCAUCUGCAUCCUGUACACCAUGAUGCUCUACAAGCUGAGGAACAUGCACCUGAACUCCAAUGCCAGAGCCCUGGACAAAGCCAAGAAGAAAGUCACCAUCAUGGUCUUCAUAGUCCUGGCUGUGUUCCUCUUCUGUUGGACCCCCUUCCACCUGGCCACCAUCGUGGCUUUGACCACUGACUUACCCCAGACCUCCAUGGUCAUUGGGAUAUCCUACUUCAUCACCAGCCUAAGCUAUGCCAAUUCAUGCUUGAAUCCUUUCUUGUACGCUUUCCUGGAUGACAGUUUUCGGAAAAGUUUCCGGAAGCUGCUGGAAUGCAGAACUUCUUGAACAGGGGGUUGGGGCUGGCAGGUCCCUGCCCUUCCAGGGUUUUUCAGGAGAAACUUUGCAGACUGGAGGAGUGGCCAAUGAAUGCACAACGUCCUUUCUUUGGUUUACAUGUAAGGUGCGGUCUGUUUGUAACCCUCGUCAGCAACAGAGUUUGUCCUGCCCACUUGCAACUCUUGUAUUUCCCCUCUUUGCUCCCACCAACUUGCAUUUUUAGACCCUGAUUUUAAUUUCACCCUCUGAAUUAUUAAGGACAGAAUAUUUCCUUUUCAGGGGUGUACUUCUGCCACAGAGUGGUCCUUUAUUGCCAUCUGCUGUGCAGCAUGGACAGGCUGGAGACCAAUUUCCAGAGGAGUGCAAAGCUCAGUUCUUUAUCACUGAGUUAUUAGGGAGGAUUGUUUAAUGGAGCAGAGCUAAUGAGCACUUUUAAUGAAACGUCUGUAAGACAGAGGAUGAGUAUUUGGAAGAGAAAAGAAACUAUUUUCAAUGUUCAUGUAUGUUCCUGUGUGUUACGGCUUUCUUUUGAUUUUGAAGGAUUGUCCAUCUUCCACCCCACCACAAGUUUCCUCUUUUCUGACUCGUUAAAUUUAGACCAAAAGGAAGAUUUGAGUCUCAAAAAUAGUGCCAAACAGCACACCAUACAAAUACUAUAACAACUGUGAGAACUUGUGUUAGAAAUCAUUUUGAACUAGUUGUUCCUGUUAAGUGUCAAAUACAUAUUUAUUUAAGAGUGAGUAAUGAAAUAAACCUCAUGGGGGAAAAAAGAGACUGGUCCUUCUUUCACAAGAGAAAAUUUAUGCUACUUGUGCCAUAUCUUUGCUAUAUAUAUUGCAUUUUUCCUAUUAUAAAAU